AAUGCUUAUCCCAAAAUCGACUUAACUGAAAAAAGAGUCAAUCAUCUCAGUUUUGGAUCAUUGAAUUCCUUCCUCCCAACUCCCAUGUUGAUUCUUCAAACUUAAACCCUAGAUUUCUCAAUUUAAUCUUUUUAUGCUCCUCAAUAAAACCCAAAACUCUCCAUCUACCUCGAUUUGAUUGAAAUGGCGACAAGAAAUCGAACGGCAUUGUUCAGAAAACACAGGGAUGCAAUUAAAGCUGUUCGAACUCCAGAUUUAUCGUUAAUGCCUGGUGGAAGUGGAGGUAGAGCUGGUGGACCUGUCAUUGAAAUGACUUCACUCCUUAAUUCUAAUGCUUCUUCGUCUUCUUAUGCUCCUCUCAGCACCGACGAACCGUCUACUUCUAGGGAUGCAUUGACAGUUGGUCUACCACCAGCAUGGGUGGACAUUGCAGAAGAAAUAACAUCCAAUAUACAGCGUGCUCGAAUUAAAAUGGCAGAGCUAGUGAAGGCUCAUUCGAAGGCUCUAAUGCCAUCCUUCGGAGAUGCGAGGGACGAUCAACAUCAGAUUGAAGGCCUUACCCUAGAGAUUACUGGUAUACUGAGGAGAUCAGAGAAAAGAUUGAAGGAUCUUUCGGCGCGUGGUCCGUCAGAGGAUUCCGGUGUUCGUAAAAAUGUACAGCGUUCCCUUGCUACAGAUCUUCAGAAUCUUUCAGUUGAAUUUCGUAAAAAGCAGUCAACAUACCUAAAACGACUUAGGCAACAGAAGGAGGGGGCUGAUGACAUCGACAUAGAAAUGAACAUAAAUGGGAGCGUACCAAAAUUUGAGGAUGAAUUCAGUGACGUGGGUUUUGACAAUCAUCAAAUGGCUGAGUUUAAGAAAAGUGAACGUUUGACAGCAGAAAGGGAGAGAGAGAUUAACCAGGUUGUGCAAUCUGUAAAUGAACUUGCUCAGAUCAUGAAAGAUCUAUCAGUUCUUGUGAUUGACCAGGGCACAAUAGUUGAUCGGAUAGACUUUAACAUCCAGAACGUUGCUGCAUCAGUUGAGGAGGGCUUCAAACAGCUUCAGAAAGCUGAGAGAUCACAAAGGCAGGGGGGUAUGGUACGUUGUGCAACAAUUCUCAUCAUCAUGUGCUUCGUAAUGUUGGUGCUUCUUGUCCUUAAGGAGAUACUAUUCUAGCCAAGUUGGAGCUUCUCCCACGACGUGCACUAGCAGCAUAGCACUGGUAUGUCAUCUCAUAAUUUGACGACCUAAUUGAUAUUCAGGUUCAAUGAGAUCAAGAAAUUUGUUCGUUGUAAUUACCUCGGGAACUAGGGCCAUAUAUACCAGUAACAAAUGCUUAUUUUUUGUUUUUUGUGAUCCCAUGCUCCUCCAUAUCGGCAAUGGAUUUUUGAUUAAUCACUGUAGCAAUCAAUUAUUUUUUGUAACAGUAAUCAACUCCCCAUUGUAUAUGAUCUUGAUCCGACAUAGGAGUUACAAGGAGGGACCGAGUAUCGUUUAAUUUUUUUUUUCUUUUGGAGAGCAGAUUCGUCAUUUGAAUCAUUGAGUGGCAUGUUAUUGUAUAUCGGGAGUAGGCAAACAAUUGCAAACUUUUCUUGAGUUUAUCCAAGUUUAAAGGAGAUAUAUGCAAUUAUUUCUUAAUUUUUCACACUAUAUAUUUGCACUGAGGUCUUGGGCUUAUCGGCUAAAAGAAUUAUGGGAAAUUAUCAAUGGUAUUUUUAAGUUUUGUCACUUUAUCAAUGUCAUUCUUAAGUUUUUUUUAUUAUCAAUGGUACCCUUGUACAAUUGUACUAUUAAGUGUGUUACAAUCGUAACCUUUUUUAACUUUUUCCGUCCAAAAUCGUUCAAAACCGUUAAUUUACUUUUAUAUUUUGAAUUGAAAAAUAAAAGAAAAAGAAAAAAAGUUAACGAUUUUGGACGAUUUUUUACAGAAAUAGCUUAAAAAGAUUACGGUUGUAAAACGCUCAAUAGUACGAGGGUACCAUUGAUAAUAAAAAAAACUUAAGGGUACUAUUGAUAACGUGCCAAAAUUUAAGGCUACCAUUAAUAAUUUCCCAAGAAUUAUUUACAACGUAUACACAGCUUGUCUAUGGAACAAUAUCAUCAAGCUCGAAUUGUUCGACUGCAAAAAUAGAACAAACACUGAUCAGUUUUAGAGUAAUGUAAAAACAUUAAACGAAGGAUGAUAAAAAUGUUUAUGCAUGAUAUAGAAAGAAAAAGAAGUUGCAAAAUGAUUUUAAAUAUGAAACUUCUAAAUGUAGAAAGGUUUUGCUUGUAUUCAGUAAAGGCUUAAAUUUCUUUUUUACCAAAUGAAUGCGAGUUACAUUGUGUAGAGGAAUAAGAAAUUAGCAAACCUCUAAUUCAAAGCUUCUGAAGAAUCGCAUCAAUGGC